UCUUGUAGGUACUAUGUUUCUAUCUACUAUGUAUAUACGUAACGUAUUUAAUAGUUAUUCCUUAGUUAAAUUUUAUCCAUAAUUCAGGGGAUAAAUAAUUUAAUAAAUACCCACUAGUUAUUGAAUUUGUUCCUUGUGUAACUUUUUUUUUACUUUACAUUAAAAUAUUGCCAAAAACUCGCUAUUGAUAAUAGUAUCAAAUAUGAUUCUAUCUAAAGUACCCGGUGGAUUUUUCUUAUUUUCGUUGUAAGCUUAAGCAACUUUGAAGUACUGGGGGAAAUUAAUAAAUUAUUUUUAUAGUUUGGAAAGCUUUUAUAUUCUUCAAAAUGGAUAUUCCACUUUGGAAAUCUAUCAUACCACUUACAACAUUUUUAGUUUUUUGUUUACAAAUAACUAAUAUACAUAGUUUAGCUGUAAUGAGUGUUGAUAUUGGUUCAGAAUGGAUGAAAGUAGCAAUAGUUUCACCUGGUGUUCCAAUGGAAAUUGCUCUUAAUAAAGAAUCAAAAAGAAAAACACCAACUGCUAUAGCAUUCCGUAAUGGUGAACGAACUUUUGGGGAAGAUGCAUUAACUGUUGGUGUUCGUUUUCCAUCAAAUUGUUACAUUUACUUUCUAGAUUUGCUUGGCAAAAAAAUUGACAACCCUAUUGUAGAUCUAUAUAGAAAACGUUUUCCUUAUUACAACAUUAUUCCUGAUCCAAAACGGAAUACGGUGCUUUUUAAGCAUAGUGAAUCGGAACAAUUUUCACCUGAAGAAUUAGUAGCGAUGAUGUUGGAAAAAGCAAGAGAAUUUGCUGAGGAUAGUGCUGGACAAGCUAUAAACGAAGUAGUAAUUUCUGUUCCUGGUUAUUUUGGUCAAGCUGAGCGAUCUGCAAUUCUUAAAGCUGCAGAAAUAGCUGGAAUCAAAGUAUUACAACUAAUCAACAGUUAUACUGCAGCUGCAUUAAAUUAUGGUAUAUUUCGUACAAAAAGUUUUAAUGAAACUUCUCCUAUGUACAUGAUGUUUUAUGACAUGGGAGCAUAUGGUACUCAAGCAUCAGUUGUCUCAUAUCAGCUAGUAAAAUCUAAGGAUAGAAUAGCUCCAGAACUUCAACCGCAACUGGCUGUAUUAGGAGUAGGCUAUGAACGCAAUUUGGGUGGUCUGGAAAUACAGUUGCGUCUCAGAGAUUACUUAGCAGCUAAGUUUAAUGAACUAAAAUUGACAUCAAAUGAUGUUACUAAAAAUUCUCGAUCAAUGGCAAAAUUAUUCAAAGAAGCAGGCCGGUUAAAGAAUGUAUUAAGUGCCAACACUGAUCAUUUUGCUCAAGUAGAAGGUUUGAUUGAUGAAAAAGAUAUGCGCAUACGAGUUACCCGGGAAGAAUUAGAAGAAUUAUGUAAAGAUUUAUUUGAUAAAGUAGUACUUCCAGCUCAAAGAGCUUUAGAAGCUUCUGGACUUACCAUUGAACUCAUUGAUCAAGUAAUGUUAGCUGGUGCUGGUACUAGAGUUCCUCGAGUUCAAGACCGCUUGGUUAAAGAUUUAAAAAGUAGUCAACCACUAGGUCGAUCAUUGAAUACGGAUGAAGCUGCAGCUUUAGGCGCUGCAUAUAAAGCUGCAGAUCUGAGUAAUGGAUUUAAAGUAAAACCAUUUAUUACUAAAGAUGCCACAUUAUUCCCUAUACAGGUUACAUUUGAUAAAGAAAUUGUAGAUGAAAAUAAACCAACAAAACAAGUGAAGCGUAUUCUAUUUGGUCACAUGAAUCCAUAUCCACAACGCAAAAUAAUAACAUUUAAUAAGCAUCAACAAGAUUUUGAUUUUACUGUUGGUUAUGCUGAACUUAAUCAUUUAGAUGAAAAUGAAAUGAAAUGCUUAGGAUCAUUAUCAUUAAGCAAUAUAAAAUUAAAUGGUGUGAAAGAUGCUUAUUCCAAACAUAAAGGCCAAGAUGGUAUAGAUACCAAAGGAAUAAAAGCACACUUUGCAAUGGAUGAUAGUGGUUUAUUAAUUUUACAAAACGUAGAACUAUUAAUUGAAAAAACUGUUACCGGUGAUCCAGAAGAAGAAUCCACUUUAUCAAAAAUUGGAAAUACUAUUAGCAAUUUGUUUAAAGGUCCUGAAGAAGUAUUAAAAGAAGAAAAACCAGUACAUGAAACUCCAGAAGAAGAUCCUAUUCCUCAAUAUACUAACAGUACAUUAAACAGUACUGAUACACUUGAUAAAGUUAAUAGUACUGAACAAGUGAAAUUAAAUGAUACAGCAUCUGUAGCUGAGAAGAAAAGUUUAAAAGUCAUUACUGUUAAAGAAACUAUUAAUGUUAACCACGAUUAUUUAUUUGUGUUACCUGUUCAAGGUGAUGACUUUCAGGCUUCAAUUAAGAAAAUAAAAGAACUUAAAGAAAUUGAUUUAGCAAAGUCUCGAAAAGAAACAGCAUUAAAUAAUUUAGAAACUGCCAUUCUUGAAACUCGUGAAAAAUUAGACCAAUCAGAUUAUGCUGAUUCUGCUACUGAUGUAGAAACUCAAUCAAUUUUAGAUAAAUGUACAGAGAUAUCAAAUUGGUUGGAAGAUGAUGGUUUUGAUUCUGAAGCUGAAGUAUUAGACUCAAAAUUUAAUGAUUUAAAGAAAAUAGUAAUGCCAGUCUGGGAAAGAACUUUUGAGCACUUAGAAAGGCCCUCAAGGCUAGAAGCAUUGAACAAUGCAUUAAACAAUAGCAAUUCCUUUUUAGAAAAAAUGAAAAAUACUACAUUAGAAGAUACUCCAUUCACACAAGUAGAAAUAGAUACACUUGAUAAACUGAUAUCAGAAAUUACUACCUGGAGAGAUAACCAAGUACAAGAACAAGAAAAGCUCCCGAAGAAUAUUGACCCCGUGUUAACUGUACAAACUAUUUCAAUAAAGCAUUCAUCAAUAGAACGCGAAAUGAGAUAUUUAAUGACAAAAUUUACUUCUUGGAGACCAAAAAAGAAAGAAGAACCUAAAACUAAAGCACCAACAUCACCUACAGAUAAUGAAAAUGCUAAUGUGCCAGAAGAACAAGACAAUGAAACCAUUGUUAAAACAGAAUCACAAGAUAACUUAGAAAAGUUUACUUUGGAUGAACCUAGUAAAACUGUAGAAGAUAAUACUGAUUCGGAAAAUAUAAAAAAUGAAAAAUCCCAACCUAUUGAACCUACUAAAACCGAUGAGAAAGAAAAAUCACAUUCAGAAUUAUAAUUAAAUAAAAAUGUGUAUAAAUUGUUUAUGUGAUCACAUGCUGUUGUGCAUUCCAGGAAACUUGUCAUCAAAGACUUAAUGUUUAUUAUGUAAAUUUUUUUGAAAUUAUUCUGGAUGAUUGUAUUUUGUUGUAUUUUGUUUUUCAACCACAUUGUUCAAAGUAAAUUAGAGGACACGUAAAUAAUGAUUA